AUGCAAGAUUACGCUCAACAAGAAAGUGAGUUUCAAGCUGGAAUCCCUCCGCGUUUAGUUUCGGUAUUUUAUUCGGCAUUUGAUCCAAAAACCGGGCCAAAAGUAGUAUUUGAAGUACCAGAAGGUUCUAUAAUACCUACAGAAAAUUCAACACCAAUCAUAGAUUUUGAUUCAAUUUCAGAGUAUAUUAUACCAAAACCACCAUUAUGUGGACAUUUGGUUAACAUAUGUACUGAUUCUUAUAAAGUUAUGGGUUUUCCGGUGAUUAUAAGAGAAAAAAAAUAUGAUAGAAAUUUUUUUAUGUUUAAUUUGAGUUUUGUAUUUGAUCGUGGCGCCGAUACUUCGAGUUAUGAGCCGGUUGUGAGGAAGGUUGCGAGAGUUCUAACUUCUUUAGAAAUUGAAAGCGAGUUUUUAUCAAAUGAAUCCACGAAGUAUUAUAUGUAUAAUAUUAUUGAACAACUUCUUGAGGAUCUUAAUAGUUACUGUGAAUGCCAAAUUCCAAUAAAUUCUGCAAAUACAAUUAAUUUAAAAUUAUUUCCAACUUAUCGUAAUCCUCCACCAGUUUAUGAUUAUCACGUACCAAUUUGCACGGUUAACCUUGAAUUGUUGAUGGACGAAAACUGGGAUAUUACGAUGAAAAAGAUAGCAUCGCGUAUUAAUGGCAUACAUCAUGUUAAAAAAAUAGCAGAAUUGGCGGAUGUGGAUUAUGGACUUGCUAGGAAAUGCAUGGAACAUUUGUUGUAUUUUUCAAAUGUGUAUGCCGUAAAACCAGAUAUUACUAGAAUAAUUGAGGAUGAAGCAAUUCAGAGUGAAUGUUCAUCUUACGUUAGAAAACCAGGUACAAUGUCACCUUCAUUUGCCAAAUUAUUUUCUCUGUAUUGUCUAUUGAAACAUGGAUUUACUCUCAAAGAAUGGGUACAAGAGAAUCAAGUCGCGUCUCUAAAUAUAGACAUAAGACGUUUCAUAUCCUUUGGUGUAAUUAAAGGAUUUUUAUAUCGAGUUCAUAAAUAUCCAGUGUUACCCGAGCCACACAAUCAGCAAAGCAAAUUACCGUCUAAAUUACGAAGGUUGCUUAAUGGUAAACAUCAUUAUGAUGAGAUUUGUACGGUGGAAGGUUGUAGUGCCCGCGAACUAGAUGAAAUCCUAAGUGCUGAACCCGAAGUCAAAUUUAUUUGGAGAUAA